AUGCUAGAAGGGCUGACGCUGAGCUUAAAUUACAGAGCCUAUUCCGAGCGGCUGGCAUUGAGGAGAAGUUUGCGUCGUGUCUUCCAGAACACUGUCAUAGAGGCCCUCAAGAAGGAUACCUGGACGAGCUCCUUGCCGGAUCAGGAAGGUGUCACACUGUGGGUCACCAGGCACAGAAGCCCGGAAACUAGAACCAAAAUCCGUGCCCUGGUGUCGUCAAAGGAGUUCUACAAGGCGAUUCCCUGUGCAGACCCUCACAAAAUACGAGAAGAGCCUGAGAUUGACUGGAGAGGCAAACUCUUCGUGGGCAGGUGGCAAGCGCUGGGGUGCAUGGACACGGGGGUUGAUGUUCAGCCCUAUGAUCAGCUCCUGCCUGAUGCCAAGGGAAACCACACAGCAUGGUUCUUGAAAGCCAAUGUUUUUUCUGCUAUCACGGGCCACCCAGAGGAGAGUCUUCAGGAAAUGUGGCAGCAGUAUGGAGGAAAGCCCAUCCAUGCCCUUGACACAGUGUGGGAUGUCCUAGGAUUUGAAGGAACGGACUUCGUCUUCCUACAGGAAGUGGGAGGGUGCGAUGAGCUUAAGGCGCCUUGGAUCUCCCAGGAAGUGGCCUUAGCGGGCAGACGCAUGAUGUUUUACCUCAGUUCUCCCAAGGACUCCUUCAGGGGUCAAGCCAUAGGCAUUCCCCUUGAACGAGUUGAUCAAGUGCGCAAGGUUCAAGUCCUUAGUGCAGGCCUUGCUGUGCACCUCAAACAUGCCAGUGUUUCUAACUUCCUUCUUUCAGCACACCUGCCCCACACCCAGCGAGAGGAUGUGACCCAAGUCUGGAACUCCAUGAUGCAUGAAAUUCGACUCUUUUUUGCAUGCAACGUCAGAAUUCAUGACACGCUCAUUCUCGGUUGUGAUGCUAAUUACGAAUUAAGUGCAGACCACCCAACGAAUCACCAGGCGGAUGAAAGGAAGGCCAUGUGGGCUCUGUUGCAGCAGGACCUUGGACUGCAGUGCACCAACCCCUCUGUUCCAACCUGGACCAACACAAGAGGUGCGCAGUCGAAAAUCGACUUUCUCUGCUAUCGGACUCCGAGCCCUGCAACCCUGUAUGACAAAGUUGCUCUUGACUCAGAUACAGUCCUUGGUACAGACCAUCGAGCAGUGCUUGCGGCCUUCAGAUCGGUCGAGCCAGCUCCCCGAAGGAGGCAACGACCCCAGCAUAAGUGCGGCAAGUGGAGAGUCAACAACGCCAAGGCCCUUGAGGAACUCUGCAAAAUUGAUCCUUCCACUUUUGACCUGCAACGAAACCUCCAGACUGUGGCGUGUACAGCUACUUUCCGAGGCUCUAGUUGUCGCUACCGGGACUCUGCAGUCAUUAGAGACCUCAUUCAGCAGCGACGACGGGCAUCGGGGGCGGAGGCCCGCAGACUAGCUCAUGAAAUUGUGCAGCACAGAGCAGCUGAUAAGAGACAGUGGAUGGAGGACAUUCUCACCAGGAGUGCGAACGGGGACUUUGCUGCCAUUAGCUUCCUGAAAAAGAAAAUGUCGGUCAAGGCCAGCCACGGAGCCUAUAUACAGGGAGUAGGAAGUGAGGACCAAGCCGUGAAGGACCUUCGCAACUUCUAUGCUAGGAAGUACACUCCCCGGGACCUUGCCCUCCCGGGACUUCCACAAGCUAUGUUCCUGAAGAGAGCAGGCCCCCUGCAAGAAGCUGAGGCCCUGACGGUUGAUGAGGUCCAAGUUGCACUUGCCACCUGUAACUGUAAACAUGGCAAAAGCACUGGUAGAGAUGGCGUGCCCUAUGAGCUCCUGCAAGUGCUAAUGCAAACCCCCCUGCAACAGGUUUUCGUGCAACAACUAGAUGAUGUGCUCCAACAGAGGAGACCGAUCCCUUUGGAGUGGACGACAGGACAGAUCACCCUUAUUCCGAAGACUCAAGAGCCCCGACAACCCAAGGACUUGAGACCAAUCUGUUUGUCUGCCUGUGUUGGAAAGCUUUUCUCUAAAAUCCUGUGGACAAGAAUGCGUGCACAUGCUAAACCUCCCAGAGCAUUCCAGUUGUCUGGCAUUAGUGGGUCACAGUGCAUUGAUGGAGCGGCGGCGGUGCAGCAUGCACUGCGACUCAGCCAGGAAUGGGGCAAGCCUUUGAUUGCCCUUCAGGUUGAUAUUUCGCAAGCCUUCGACACACUCAGGCAUGAAGCGGUGGCAGCUUGGCUGUCCACCUUAGGAGGUCGGCGGGAAGCUCUGGUUCUCCUAAACAUGAUCACGGCUACCACAGUUAACCUACACUUCGGACAACUUGAUUGGGAGCAAAAGCUCCACCAAGGCCUUCUCCAAGGCAGCCCUGACAGCGCGGAACUCUUCAGCAGGGUCCUGGAUUGGCACGUUGGUUUCCUGUAUCAAACAUGGCAAGACACGGAAAACACGUGGCUUGUGGCGGAAGGGAUUAAACUCUUCUGUGUCAUGUAUGCGGAUGACAUGGUGCUGCUUGCAGAAAGCCAUGAACAAAUGCAACGUAUGCUGCAGCAACUCCAACAACUGCUGUCCACUAUAGGACUUCAGAUAGCCGUUGAAAAAUGUAGGUAUCUGAACCAAGGACAUCACGGUCUCCACUAA